AGCCCUUUUCUCGUUUCUUACUUCACACUUGUGCUUUGCUGUCGGCGUUCAGUGAGAGUUUUCCGGCAUCUCAGGAAUUUGGGCUGUUCGUCUCCUCAACCUCCCGCGGUACCGAACUCAAGAUUUUCAGCGACUGAAAGGUUUUGUUCAAGCUCGAAAUGUCUCAAGCCGAUAAACUGAAGCAGGGACAGCUUACAAACCCAGAGACUCCUGGGUAUGUGGGUUUUGCGAAUUUACCGAAUCAAGUACAUCGGAAAUCAGUGAAAAAGGGUUUUGAGUUCACUCUCAUGGUGGUGGGUGAGUCUGGUUUGGGGAAGUCCACGCUGAUCAACAGUUUGUUCCUCACUGAUCUCUACCCAGAGAGGGUCAUUCCUGGUGCUGCAGAGAAGAUUGAGCGCACGGUGCAGAUCGAGGCCUCGACGGUGGAGAUCGAGGAGCGUGGAGUGAAGCUGCGUCUCACUGUGGUCGACACGCCUGGAUACGGUGAUGCCAUCAACAGCCAGGACUGUUUUAACACCAUUAUUUCGUACAUCGAUGACCAGUUUGAGCGCUACCUGCAUGAUGAGAGUGGACUCAACCGCAGGCACAUUGUGGACAACCGUGUGCACUGCUGUUUCUAUUUCAUUUCCCCUCUGGGGCACGGGCUGAAGCCUCUAGAUGUCCAAUUCAUGAAGGCCAUUCACAACAAAGUGAACGUCGUUCCUGUUAUUGCUAAAGCAGAUACGCUGACGCUGAGGGAGAGAGAGAGACUCAAGCGCAGAAUUCUGGAUGAAAUCGAUGAGCAUGGCAUCAAGAUCUAUCACCUCCCUGAUGCCGAGUCUGAUGAGGAUGAAGAUUUCAAAGAGCAGACCCGGAUUCUCAAGGCCAGCAUACCGUUCGCCGUGGUGGGAUCCAACCAGCAGAUUGAGGCUAAGGGGAAGAAAGUGAGAGGGCGUUUGUACCCAUGGGGUGUGGUGGAGGUAGAAAACCCAGAACACAACGACUUCCUCAAACUUCGCACCAUGCUAAUCACCCACAUGCAGGACCUGCAGGAAGUUACUCAGGACCUUCACUACGAGAACUUCCGCUCGGAGCGCCUCAAACGGGGCGGCAGGUUGUCCUCCCACGGUUAUAUUCUGCCUCUGUCGCCUGCGAAAGCUCCGGAGCCAGAGGAAAUGGACAAGGAUAUGAUCUUGCAGGAGAAGGAGGCUGAGCUGAGGCGAAUGCAGGAGAUGAUCGCUAAGAUGCAGGCGCAGAUGCAGAAACAGGGAGACGGAGAUGGAGACAGCCCACACCUGUGAGAAACACGAUGCUGACCUGUCAAUCGAGCUUGACCCAGAGGAAGAGGAAACAAGAAGAGGAAGUGUUGCUAAAUGUGGAAAAAGUGGAGAGACUGGUCCUUAGUUCAUCUUGCUUGCCAUUUUCUUAGUUUCUUUCACUCUUGUAUGAUUUAAUGUUUUGUCAAGUUUUUUUUUUCUUCUUUAAAUGCUGUUGCUAAUAUUCAUAAAUUUUUCCCCGUUCAAGUAAUCAAAAACCAUCAGUAAUUAAGAAAACUUGUUUUUUCUUUCUGUUACAAAAGCCAGAUGCUGCUGGGAAAAUAAUCUUCUAAUGUAGAGCACCUUUAAUAGUAGAGUAGCUCCAUGACCACUCAGAGUCAUUUCUAUCCCAUCUAGCUAAAGAAACACUGUGAAAAUACAAGCAGCUGUUGAAUUUGAGUGUCAUGGUGGCAGUUUUUGGAGAAACCAUUGUAUACUGUUCCUAAGUGUUGCCAGAGAGAUUGCUGUCCUCCUGAACAGGAGUUUUCUGUACUUCUCUCUUCCCUGUAUGAAGUCUUGAAAUAUGUGCUGCUCGGUUGAAUGGUCCCCAAACGGAUGCAAAACAUUCUACUGUGACCCAUGAUUCAUUCCCUGUGCCGUCUAAUGAAGAAGAAUACAUUGCUCUCUAAUGUUAAAGCUCAUUUCGCUGAUUUUUAUAUGUACUUAAGUGCAUACUGUCAUUUAUUUUCUAUCAGACUUUCUUCUGGUAUGAGUGCAAUGUAAAAUUGACUUAGUGGAGUGAAAUUCGGAUACAUUGAAAUAUGCUGUUGUGCUCUUCGACCUUGAUGCAUGCCAAGUUUUUACCUCCUCCCUUUGGGAUCUAUGUUUAAAAUAUUUUAUCUUAUUCCUGUGGUUAAAUCAAAUAUUCCACAUCAUUAAUAAUGAAAAUUAAAAUGUUUAAAAUUCUGUUACGCAAAAGCAAAUAUAACUUUUUAUACAGUUGAAUUUGCUUUCCAUAUUUGGUCAUGAAAACUGCAGUUGUUAACAUUCCAGGUCUAAUGUUUCACUUGAGAACUUUCUAUUAAACCAUUAUUGACUAUUGACUAUCAUCUUGUAAUAAAAUUUUGUAUUGAAACAGUU